CUCUCGUCCACCGAUCCUUUAGUGAGCAAUCCUCUCUCUCGCUCUCCUGUGAGACGCGAUGCUUUAUACAGAGCUGUCAAAACGACGCAUACGGCUGCAGCCUCUUGAUGCCUCUAAACAAACCCCAUCGAUAUAUAUAUUCUUUAUUAUAUGCUAUUUUUGCGGAUUCAACCGAUUCACUUAUGAAGGGCGUAUCUCCGAGGGCUAAAGACACAGCUCGGUCUUCGGGAGAAGAUGCUAUACAGGAGAUGGAGCAAUAUGCUCGGAAAUAUGUUUGCAGGCAUAAACAAAGCUGUCUCACUCGUGCGCGUGCUUUUUCACACAAACACCGGGGACCAUGCAGAGUACUGUUAAACUUCAGCGACUGCUCCUUUGCUGUCUUGAAAAAAGUAUCGCUAGCAUUUUAAUUAUGAUUCACACCUAUCUUCUCGCUCGAGAAAUGUCAGUAGCGAUUCAACCGACAUAUAGAACGGUAUUUAACGAUUAUCCCUUACAAUGUCGGAUGAAUCAGUGCGUUCUUGUAUUUUGGGUCUUUUACGUCUAACAAAACCGCAUAGCGCUCAGCUGAGACGUCGGUGUAACGACCUAUUUAUUAUCGGGUGAUCGACUCGUGAACAGACUUAAAUACGUAAUCUGGUGGGCCCCUUUACGUGCUCUAGUGGUGGCCUAUAACAGAGACAUAUUAAGUGGUCAACGAGUGCUGGAUGUUGUGUAUGAGGAGUUACAGCGCCGCGGUGUUUUAGAAGCUCCCCGCGUAAGAGGCCUUGUCGAUGAAAUCAGAUGUAAGUACCAUUAUCUCUAUAAAUCACUGUUGUUGGCGGUUAGCAAUACAGGAGUUAUUUUUACCAUAGGCUAUCGGCAGUUUUACGAUGCGGGGAGUGACGAAGAAGAGGCUCUCGCUGAGGCGACGAGGGCUGUGGAGGAAACGGAUCUAGAGCGUCAAACCGCCCUCUACCAACCGCAGCAUGAGGAGAGGGCUGAGGAAGAGCCUAGGGCGAGCACCUCGGCAGCAUCGGCCGAACCGAUACCGCUGCAGCCCAAUUCUGAUGAUGACGAGGCGUCGACUAUUCUCAACCCCUCCUUGAUGUUUAGCGAUCGGUCUGAUAUACUGGCUGUGUACCGGCAAGCCAGAGCUAACGAUGACGACGGAGCGAUAGCGGGUCCAUCGUAUCACCACCAUCGUCAGCAGGAAGAUGACCUCGUACAGCCCGAGAAUCAGCUGCGGGUGUAUCCGAUGGAUGCUAAACAGGAGGAGGAGGAGGAGGAAGAGGAGGAGGAGCGUCUAAACGAGGAGCGAUUACAAGCUAGACGCUUCGGCCUAUGGUUUCAAGAGCUGAUGGAGUGUGAUUCAGGGUACUCGUCAGUUGACUCGUCAGCUGACUCGUUAUUGGCGUACCGCGAUUAGUACGAGAUAUACAAACGGGCGGGGGAAGAACACGCAAUACACAGGGGAACGAGGCUUUCGGGGAUGUGCAACCCCCGGGAGGGCGGAUCAUCAUCACGCACGAUACAGCCCGUUAUUUCAAACGUUUUCAACUACGUGGUCGGGAGAUAACAUUGCGUAUCCGCCAACCUCACGCUGGUACAAACGUGACAGCAUGGCUUGAAAGAGCAUUCCGCGAUCUUCUGACGCAUCUCACGAGUCACUGUGAGGGUGGUGACUACGCAGGGAUCUCGUUCUCUGCGAGCUGCUUAGCGCACGGCCCCGUUUGGCUUUCACUCCGUCCUGUCCGCGCCUAUACAUUUGUAGAUAUCUGGCAAUUAAUAACAAACAUAGCUCAAAGUGCAGCGUCUCUGGAUAUUGAUGAUUCUUUCCAUAUAAAAGUAUGUAUCGUUAAAGGUUUGGAGGGUAGGGGGCGAAAAGGUUUGACACACGAGGGCGUUGCUAAAAAAUCAAUUUUAAUGAUUCGAAAUACCGACAAUCUGUGUCUACCGCGCUCGUUAGUAACAGCACGCGCGUACGCGGAAAGGGGUGAGAUACGCUCGGGGGCUCUGCAUUCUAGAUGGCAGCGUAUACGGCAGAUUAACGGGUCGCUUCAAAAAGAGGCGGCGCUUGAGCUCACGAGAAGCGCAAAUGUUGUUAUGCAGCCUGCUGGCUGUGGUAUGCGCGAAAUUGCUAUAUACCAGAAUUAUUUGGCUCGCGAGGGGUUAGCUAUCGUGGUUUUCGAGUUUUUGACUUUGGGGCGACGCGAAAGACCGGUGUUUGACGGUACACAGACGGUUAUGGAUACAGUAGGCUCAGUCCGGCACACGUUAUACAUUCUGUAUUAUGAGCGGUCGCAUCAUUUCCAGCCUAUCUUGAAUCUGCGUGGUCGUGUAGGCAGCUUAAACUUCUGCGCAAUCUGUAACACCCGUUCUCGUCGGGAUCAUAGAUGUUUAAAAAAGAAAUGCCCUCGCUGCCUUCAAGCACCGCCCUGCGCUCUGUGAGCAGCUGCCGCGAUCAGAUGCGAGACAUGUAACCGCGAUUUUUUUGGGGAACAAUGUUUAGAAAAUCACAGGGCUAUUACCAUCCGUCGUAAACACAGGGUAAACACUGUUUGCGAGUCUCUUCAGCGGUGCCGUAACUGCUUUCGCGCGAUAAGACCUUUAGAGAAAAAGACGCAUGUGUGCGGGGAGGGUUUCUGUAAAACGUGUAAAUCGCGGCACCCCUAUAAUCGCUUGUGCUAUAUGAGGCCUAUUCGCGUCGAUGAGAAGUCAAAAGAGAACAUAUUCAUAUUCUAUGAUUUUGAAACGCAGCAGUGAACUCCUGUAAAAGGUGAACCUGCAACGCGUGUUCACGAACCGAAUCUUUGCGUAGCUCAGCGCGUCUGCACCAGGUGCUGCGAUAACGCUUCUAUAGACGAGCCGUGCGAGCAUUGCGGGGAUCACGAGUUUAUAUUUAGGACGAACCCUGUGUAUCAACUUGUGGAGUUAGCCAUGCAGAGUAUCCGGGGCUUCUCUCACAUAUUUUUAAUAGCCCAUAACGCCGGUGGCUUCGACGCCCAGUUUAUCCUGAGCUACUUCAUCGAGGAGAAAAAAAUACAGCUCCCGUCUUUAAUAAUGAACGGCGCUAAAAUCAUCACAAUGCGCGUUGGCAAACUCGUGUUUCUCGACAGCUUGAACUACUUUCACAUGCCUCUGAGCGCACUGCCUAAAUCUUUCGGUCUAAAAACUGCUCUCGCCAAAGGAUCUUUUCCGCAUCUGUUCAAUAGACCAGAGAAUCAAAAUUAUAUCGGGCCGAUGCCGCCCGCAGUCAAUUACUCUCCCGACACUAUGUGCCCGGAGGAACGCGAGCGUUUUUUUGCAUGGUAUAACGCGUUAAAGAAUGCCUCUUAUGUAUUUAUCUUUUCAAACGAGCUCAUAACCUAUUGUAAAAACGACGUUACGCUAUUGAGACAGGCCUGUGUGGUUUUCCGGAAAAUGUUCAUGGACAGCGGGCGCGUUUGCCCGUUUAGCGAAAACAUAACAAUCGCGUCCACCUGCUUUCAAAUCUUUCGAAAAAAUUUUUUAAAACCUAACACGAUCGGUAUUAUAGCUACGGGUGGUUACAGAUGGGCUCACAAUCAGUCAAAAAAAGCGAUCUCUUGGCUCGUGUGGAUGGAGCAUUCUUUAAACCGUCGUAUCAUUCACGCAGGUCGCUCGCGCGAGUUUAAAUUGCCUCAAAAUUUAUUAGUAGACGGCUACUACGAAACACCUGAUUCAACCCACGUGUUACAGUUUCACGGUUGCUAUUGGCACGGGUGCUUGAGCUGUUUCACUGUAAACAGAGACCGUAAACAAAGCGACGGUGAUACAUUGAACGAGCGUCUCGAGAGAACAAACGCUAUAUUGCAGAGAAUCCGCUCAAGCGGCUACACGUUAACUGAGAUUUGGAAGUGCGCCUAUGACGUAAUGGUAAAAACAGAUUUAGAGAUGAGCGCUUUUGUGAGUGAUCACGCUCUAGUUCGAGCGGAGCUCAAUCCGCGCGAUGCUUUUUUCGGUGGUCGCACGGAAAACAUGGUCACUGUACGAUGUGAAAGACGGGGAGCAGAUACGAUAUGUUGACGUUUGCUCUUUGUACAUCUGCAAGUACGGUAAAUAUCCGGUGGGCCCUCCAACGGUAUACGUCGGCGACGAGUGUAGGGCGUUGACAGGUCCCGAAAAUAAUAUCAGUCUCUCCCGCGUUGAGGGCCUUGUUAAAUGUACAGUGCUUCCACCGCAAAAUCUUUAUCAUCCGGUGCUGCCGGUGCGAAUGCACCAGCGCCUGUUAUUCGGGUUAUGUCGUAGCUGCUGCGAAACAAUGAACCAGGACGCGUGUCCUCAUGAAGACCCCGCGGAGCGUGUAUUUAGCGGUAAUUGGGUGGUGCAUGAAUUGCGAAAAGCUAUUGCGUGCGGGUAUAAAAUAUUAACCGUGAGCAAGAUUUGGCAGUAUGAGAUAACGCAGUACAACCGCGAUACACAGGAGGGUGGCCUUUUCACCGGGUACAUUAACACUUUUCUUAAAAUCAAACAAGAGGCUAGCGGUUGGCCCGAGGGCUAUACAGGUGAUGAGGCUGCCCAAGACCGUUAUAUAACUUCUUUCAAGACAGCCGAAGGGGUUCAGCUGGAGCGUAGUGCGGUAGCGAAAAACCCGGGGCUACGCUCGGUAGCCAAACUUUGUCUUAACUCCUUUUGGGGUAAAUUUGGACAACGCGAAAAUUUACCUCAAACAGAAAUAGUGUCGACACGCGAAAAACUUAUGGAGUUGCUAAACAGCCCCGAGCACGAUAUCACUGGUAUGCUACCUGUUAACAACCAGGUGCUGUAUGUUAAUUAUACGAAAACCGAUGAUGCUGUAAUACCGUCUAAUAUAGCAAAUACUGUCAUAGCUGCAUACACCACAGCCCAAGCCCGUUUAAAACUUUACACCUAUCUCGAACCGCUGGAUGAGCGUGCUCUGUACUGCGACACCGAUUCCGUUAUUUAUGUCACGAGAAAAGAGCCUGGAGAGUGUGAACCGCCAACGGGUCAGUUGCUAGGGGAUUUAACCGACGAGUUAAGCUCUUACGGCGAGGGCAGUUACAUUAAGUCUUUCAUCUCAGGCGGCCCUAAAUUUUAUUCUCUCAUAGUUAAUACACCGAGCGGUGCGGAAAGCGAGGUUUGCAAGGUUAAAGGCAUAACUCUGAAUUACGCAAACAGCUCGCUGAUAAAUUACGAAUUAAUACGGUCAUUUAUAAUAGGUGAGAGAGAAAAUCCUGUUGUACUACAGUUUGAUUCAAGCGAAGACGUGAUGGCGAAUACGGUUCGCUCCCUUACGGCUACAAAUAACAGUUUAUAAAAACUCUCGCUUUAAACAUUGUUAAGCAGCAUUGUAAAAUAUCUAUGUUAUUACUGUAAAAUAUUUAUACUGUUACCGGAAAAUAAAAUCUCUAUACAUGUUUCAA